CUUCCUUAUUGCGAAGAAGCGUCCGUGGUUGUGCCCCAGUGAGAUGAAUCUGUCUCAAACACAAGCAUCUCAGAAAAAUUAGGCAUCGCCAGCACUGCCUUGAGACUUGAGAGUAGCUGUUGUCGUUGUAGCUGAAAGUUUUGGUCAUUCUCUUCCGAUGAACUCAGAACCAGAAGACACCAAAUCGCAACUAACCCAGAACCAGGAGACCCCAACAAAGAAGAAGAAGAAGAAGCAUCGAGCUCCACCGACACCAACACCGCCACCGCCACCGACGUUGCUACCGGUCCAAGGCAAAGCCAAAGUGCAAGUACUUCACGAGAACCCACAAAAAGCGCCGCCUUUUGUUGGCUACUUCUCCUCCAGUUAUGACCCCCUUAGAGAUAACGGUGGGAACAAUUCCGAGGGAAGUGAUGGUAUUGGGUCACCUAGGGUUAGGGUUUAUCGAAGCCAGAAGUGGCCCAAGAGGGUCCAGAUGGUGGUGAGCCCAUCUCGGUCUAAUGUGGAUUUCGUUGGGACCAACUACUCUGGCGAGGCCACGAUUGGCCAGCGGUAUAAGUACGCGCUUGGGGUGUUUGACAAGGAGAGCCAGAGCUUGAAGAUUGUGCCUGUUGCUUGUGACAGGGUAUUUAGACUAGAACCCAAAGUUAGGGGGUUAGAUGUUGCUGAUGAGGAACCUGAAAGCUCAGUGAAGGAAGAAACUUCUGCACAACAGAAGGCUGACAAGAUGAAAGAGCUUACUAUUCUUUUUGGAACAAAGAAGUCAAUAAAGGAGGCAAAAAAGAAGCACUCUUUGAACCAAGAAGAUAAUCCCAAAUCUCAAGAGGAGCUGAGUGGGAGAAUCAAAGAAGUAAAGAUAAAAAAGGAGGCUCUUGAAAGUACUGAUGCUAAUAUCGCCCGCAAUGUUCCACCAUAUGAUGCUUCUGCGACUUCUCCCCAGGAGGCUUACCCACUGGACAAGAUCAUCCUUAUGGGAGAGUGGGCUUUUCUUGAAGAUAUUUUUGAGCUUUUGCAAGUGGGAGCAGAAGUAUCCCCCAAGACUUACCCAACCUUUGUCUGCAACAGAAUCCAUAAAUUGCAGGAGAUCCAGGAUGAGGCAGAGAAGAGAUCGCUUUCUUGCAUAUUCUCAUACAUUACUCAUCUUAUAAAGUACAAAGAUCAGAAUUCCAUGGAUGGUGUUUCCUCUGCAAAGGGCCACAGAAUUCCAAGCAUUCUAUCCCAGAAGUUCUCAACAGUGUUCUCUCCAGAGUCAAAAAGGCUGUCAGCUGAGAAAAAUGAUCUUCUCAUUAGUUAUGUCUUGGUACUCACUCUGUAUGCUGAUGAAUUCCGAACUGACCCGACUGAUAUAGCAAAGGAUCUGAGAAUGAGUUCAAUAAAAUUGAGAGUGCAUUAUGAGCAUUUGGGUUGCAAGCUCUCCCGCCAGGACAGCUUGCUGUCAUUUACCCUUCCUUUACCCCUCCAAUUUCCAACAGUAAGGCAGAAGAGGCGACGAUAGGUAGAUGAUUUGUUCUUGUGAUUGUUCUAGAGCUUGGAAGAGCGCGGGCGGGUGUCUUCAGCAUGGGCUCAGAAAAUGAAAACUCGAAAAUAGUUUCAGGAAUAGAAAAUUUUGAUUGCUUGUUAUGAAUUCAGGUUUUCUUCAGGAUACUUUCUUGUGGUAUUGUUCUUCCAUCUUAAAACAUAGUUAUGCUUACAUCUAUUUGAAUAGAUUCAUAAUUUGGUUC